AUGCCCAUCGCGCCGCUCCGCUCCAAGGUCGUGGGCAAGGGCGCGCCGAACCGCGACGAGUCCUGGGCGCUGACGGAGGAGCGCGACGAGGAUCCGGCGUCGGCGCUGCUGUCGUCGCGGAGCUUCUACUUCGCGGAGCGCCACGAGACCAUCGACCUCGAGGUCAUCGACGGCGUGGACCUCGAGCGCAUCGAGCGCGACGUCGACAUCGAGGCGCUCCAGCGCCACCUGGAGAUGCUCACCUACGGCGACCUGUCCAAGGCCGGGACGGGCGACGCGACGUUCCUCAAGAUCUUCCGGCUCUCGCAGCUCAUGGUCGAGUACCUGCUCAACGUCCAGGACAUUUUGGCCGAGGGCCUGGAGCAGGUGUCGACGUCCUGCAAGGAGGCGAAGCGCCACCGGGACAAGUACCGCGAGAAGACGCGCGUCCAGGACGAGAAGAUUAAGGCGCUGCGGUCGCAGCUCAAGGCGCGGCGGCAGACGGCCCAGGCCUACAGCGGCCUCGUGCUGCGCGAGGCCAACGCGCCGCCGCGCCACUGGCGCGACGACCCGCCGGCGCCGCGCCGGAGCUACGACGACGACGCGCCCGCGCCGCGGCGCGCGCGGACGCCCGACGACUACGAACAGCGGAACGAGAGCGGCGAGAUGACGGUCUACGUGUCCGCGGCCGACGGGACGACGGCGCGCCACACGGUCGGCGAGGUGUCGACGGCGCGGGAGCUGCGGUCCAAGCUCGGCGCGCCGGGGCGCCUCGUGUUCCGAGGCAACGAGCUCACGCCGGACGUCGUCCUCGCGGACGCGGGCGUGCGCCACGGCGACACCAUACUGAUCGUCCACCGCGAGGGCGUGGACCGCGACGCGCGGGACCAGCGCCACGACCUCGACCAGCGCAUCGCGACGCUGGAGUCGAGCAUCAAGGGCGAGAUGGCCGUGCAGGUCCAGACGCAGCUCGCGGCGCUCCGGGGGUCGCUGGACCCCUUCGGCGCGCCGAGCGCGUCGGCGACCUGGGCCGCCGGCUCCGUGCAGCCGGCGCCGGGCUGCCUCGCCGGGGCGCUCGAGGACGACGACGGCGACGACGACGCGUUCGCGUCCGUGCCCCGGUCGACGGUCGCGUCGGGCCCGCCGCGGACGCCGCACGCGGCCGAGGCGCCGGCGGACGUCACGCAGCUCCGGGCCAUGGAGGAGCGGCUCAAGGCCCAGAUGGACGCCCUCGAGGAGAAGAUGCUGGGGCUGGCCCGGCAGCCGCGCGAGCCGACGCCCGCGCAGCCGCGCGAGCCGACGCCCGCCGAGGAUCCGACGCCCCGGAAGCCGGCGACGCCGCCGCCGCGGGACCCGACGCCCCAGCCGACGCCCCAGCCGCGGCCGGAGACGAGCUGGACGCUGCGCUGCGCCGUGGGCUUCGGCGAGGCCGGCGACGACGUCGACGGGUCCGACGGGUCCGUCGACGCGGUCGUGAACGCGGGCGACGCCGUCCUCGACGUGCGCGCGGCCAUCGCCGAGAAGCUCGACGUCGAGGUCGACCGCGUGGUGCUCACGGUCGGCGGCCGCGACGCCGCGGACGUGGAGGCGCUGCGGGGCGCGGACGUGCUCUGCCGCGUCUUGCGGGGGCGCCUCGUCGCGGACGACCAGGUCCGGGCCCUCGCGGACCUGCGGGCCGUCCUCGGCGCGGCGGCGGGCGACGCCGUGCCGCCGGGCUGCGCGACGGCCGCCGCGGGCCUCGAGGACGCGCUCGCCGCGCGGCAGGCCGCGUGGCGCGACCUGCCCCCCUCGCUCGGCGCCGCGAGCGCGCUCUCCCAGGCCGAGGUCUCGAAGAUCGAGGUGCGGCUCCAGGCGCUCCACAACCUCGUCGAGUCCGUCGACAAGUGCCCGGGCUUCGACGACGACAUGGUCGCCCGCCUCCAGGGCGCCCUCGCCACGGUCUGCGACGGCCUCCCGCCCGCCGUCGCCGAGGCCAUCGCCCGCAUCAAGGACCACGUCGAGGAGCGCGCCAUGCUCCUGGCGGCGCGGGGGUAG